GGUCACUGUUGUGCGCUGUUGUGUUUGUGUUUGUGAGGUCUUGUGUUGUCAGUGAACUCAGCUCACGGUCAGCUAUUUACCUUAGUGAUCGGAACCACAAGAAAACAUAUCUUCUUUGUUCAAAGCACCUCCUCCAAUCCUCAAUGCAUCCAAGUUUGGUACUAAUGCUGCGAAAUGACAGAUAAAGGGCGCAAGACCUCUACGAUCUCCAGAAAGCGUACUUCUCUUUGUUCGCUAUGACGGAAAGUGCUCCGUAGAGUGCUCCAACAGUCCGUAAUUUUAACAUCGGAUACCAGAGGUCGGAAGCACUGAAUGGUUUCGCUGUAUGAGGCACGCAUUGUUUAGUAUGAUCCAGUCCAAGGGAAACAAGCUGGAGGUUUUGAAACAACCGUGGUGGAUCCCUCCAAAACUCCAAAAACGCAAGAAACCUCAACAUAGUUUUUCUGUUUGCACAGGCUCCAUGAAACAAAGCUACGUGCAGUUGAGACGGGUGUUCAUGGAGGAAGAAGCAUUAAUUAACAAGAAACUUCCAAAGGAGUUAUUACUUAGGAUAUUUUCCUGGCUGGAUGUGGUAUCACUAUGCCGGAGUGCUCAAGUUUCAAAGGCUUGGAAUAUUUUGGCCCUUGAUGGUAGCAACUGGCAGCGAAUUGAUCUAUUUGACUUCCAGCGGGAUGUUGAGGGUCCAGUCAUUGAGAACAUCUCUCGGAGAUGUGGUGGCUUCUUAAGAAAGCUAAGCCUGAAGGGUUGCCAAUCUAUUGCAGAUGGUUCUAUGAAAUUAUUUGCGCAGUUGUGCAAUAACGUAGAAGACUUAAAUCUUGAUGGAUGCAAAAAAAUAACAGAUAGCACAUGUCAGGCUUUGAGCAGACAUUGUCCAAAACUACAGCGUAUGGAUUUACGGUCAUGUAUUGAAAUAACUGAUUUGUCCUUGAAAGCUCUAGCAGAUGGUUGUCCAUCACUUACUCAUAUUAACAUAGCAUGGUGUGAAAAUGUCACUCAAAAUGGCAUUGAGGCACUUGCACGAGGGUGUCCAAAGUUACGAUCUUUUAUGUGCAUGGGGUGUGCAAGAGUCAAUGAUUCUGCUAUUAGCGUUUUAGCUGAGCACUGCCCAAAUCUGGAGGUUGUCAACUUAUCCGGCUGUGUUAACAUCACUGAUGAGUCUGUUCUUCGCAUGGCUGAAAACUGUCAUGGUUUGCAUUAUUUGUGCCUGUCAGGGUGUACUAUGCUUAGUGAUGCAUCCCUCAUAGUUCUUGCUCAACAAUGUCAUUUGCUGAGUACUUUAGAGGUAGCUGGGUGCUCACAGUUUACAGAUGCAGGAUUUCAAGCUUUAGCAAGGAGCUGCAGACUGUUAGAAAAAAUGGACCUUGAGGAGUGUAUUUUAAUAACAGACACCACACUUAUGCAUCUUGGAAUGGGUUGCCCAAGACUUGAAAAACUUAGUUUAUCUCAUUGUGAAUUAAUAACUGAUGAAGGUAUAAGGCAUCUGGGAAUGUCACCUUGCGCUGCAGAAAACUUAACAGUACUUGAAUUAGACAACUGCCCUUUAAUAACUGAUGCCUCAUUGGAUAAUCUUGUAUCUUGUCACAACCUGCAACGCAUUGAUUUGUAUGACUGUCAACUGAUAACUCACACAGGCAUUCGCAGACUGAGGAGUAAUCUUCCCAACAUUUUGGUUCAUGCAUAUUUUGCCCCAGCAACACCUCCACCAGCUGUUGGAAGUACUCGCCAACGUGUUUGUCGUUGCUGUGUUAUUUUAUGAAGAAUGGAUUUUAGUAAUAUGCUAAGAUCAAAUUAGUUGUGCUUCAAAAAUUAAUAGGGAUCCAUUUUUUAUUCUUCCAUCUCUUGGGAGUCUACAAGGUAGAGAAUAUUUCUACUUAUUCAGCCAUACGGAGAUUUAUUAACUUGUAUGUACAUACCCAAUUGUAAUUCUGGUGUUGUAGACACAACGUUAUUGAAAUUCAAUCAUGGUUUUGGUAUGCAACUUUCAAGGGCCGUUUAUUUGCAUUGUGAGUCUUGUUGUGAAUCUCUUCUAUUAAUGUCAUACAUAGUUAAUCAUUAUGUUAUGACGUAAUUACUUAUUUGCAACUUCAAUGUUUGGUGCUCAUUGUAGGUCAGCUAAUAGACUGUCCACUUCAAGACAAAAAUAGGGGGGAAUUGUUAAAUCCUUUAUAUCAAAUACCAAUUUUCAAUUUCAUUCCACAGUUAUUUUUUUCUUGUUCAGUGUGUUCCUUUGUAUGUUUGUUUUACAUUUUCUGGUCAUAUUUUAUAACAACCUGGAAAGAUAUUUAUGUCAAAGAGUACCUAUUCUAUGGUGAAGAGAAUAUUUCUGUAUACACUUGAGUCAGCAGCCUGUUACUCUACUGUAGAAAAUAAUGCUAUUGAUUUAUUGCAGUAUUCUGAGCUUGAAAAAUACAACAUCAAACAAAUUGCUACCAGUUAUGAUGGAGGUGUUUUGUAGAACAGACAGCCAAUGAAAACAGUCAAAUUACAAAAAUUACCUAGUAUCACACAAUACUUACCACCUGAUAUUGGUCAUUGGCUGUAGUUCUUUUGUAUACUGCAAAGUGACAUUUGCAUACUUCCUCCAAGUAAAAUCAGGUUUUGUCUGAAUUGAUGAUGUAAUGGUCAGUGCAUGUAAUAUGUAUUAUGCUGUGUUAAUUUUACCUUUAUAGUGCUUUUUAAUUAUUAGUAUAUUGUGAUUUUUGUGCAAUCUGUUGCUUAAGCUUGCAGUUUAGCUGUUCUUUUAAUGUGAAUAGUAUUUCAAAUACUAUUGCCUGUUACUUUUUAGUUGGUUAUGCAGUUGUGAAGUUCAUUCUUUUUCAUCCAUGUACUAUCCUUAUCCUCUUCUUCCAUUAUGUUUUUUGUUUUUGUUUUUGUUUUUUGUUCAUAUUUGAGUCAUGCUAGAGAUUGGGAAAGAGGUUGGAUAUGGAUAGGAAAACUAACGAUUUGGAUAAAGCAUGGAGCAUUGAUUUCUAAGAAAAGGCUUGUGUAUGUUAUGUGGUAAAUGUUGUGUUGACAUUUUGUGCUAUGUUGGUCAUCUGUUUUAUGAAUCUGUGAUUGUUUAAGCGGUGUGAAAAUCUUAAGUUUAUCUUUAUCAAUUAUUUUAUCAAGAAAUGUUUAUAAGAAAAAGUAAGAGAGUGCCUUGCCUAGUGCAGUUACUAUUUGUCUUUUCUUUGUUUCAAUCAUUUUGGGAGACUUAAUACUAUCAGACAUAUUUGUAAAUUCUUCGAUGACUACUUUAAUGGAAGAACUCGUGUUGUAUAUA